GCAGAGCGCCCGCCAGGCCCCCGGCGGGAUGGAACCCGGGCCGCGGCGGCGGCGCACUUGGUGCCCGCCGGUCUCCGCCUUCCUGCGCGAUCCGAGCUCCGGGCGCGUCUACAGGCGCGGGAAGCUGAUCGGCACGGUGCGGACCCCGGCUCCGCGAGUCCGCGGGAGGGUCUCGGGCCGCGCCGGGGUCCGGGCGGGGCGGGGCGGGGUGUGCGUGCGCCAUCUCGAGCCCCGGCGAGCAGGUGGGCGCCCCCAGGCUUGACUUCGGCGUGCGCCGUCUGUCGGCGCGAGUUUGGGGUCUGGUGUGGGCUGGCUGGGUUGGGCGCCCGGGUCUGUGCUGUACCCGUCGCCGGUGUGCUUUGUGCGCCGGGAGCCGGGCUUGGGCGCCUUGUGCUGUGCCCAUGGGUUGUGCGUCCAGGGGUGCGGACGUGUUGCAGGUAUCGGGUCUUUGUAGAAACUGUCGUGCUGUCUCCAGGUCCGUGUCUGAACGUGCUCUCCAUCUCUGUGUGCGCUUUCCGUGUCUGGGUGUGGAAUUGUGUCGUGUGUUCACGUACUUACUGUACUGUGGUCCGGUGGCUGGAUGUAUCCAGAGGUGGCUACGUCUGUGUGCGCGUCCCUGCGUGUUCCUCCGUGUUCCUGUGGGUGCGUCUGCGGGUGUGAGGGUGUGAGCUGCGUGUCCAUGCAUCUCCUGCGCCUGUGUGUGUAUGUGAUAUGAAGGGGCCUGGCUACCCGUCUGCACACCUGCGCCCACGUAGCCGCUGAGCGGGUGCGUCCCCCUCCACCGCAGGGUGCCUUCAGCCGCUGCUACAAGCUGGUGGACAUGUCCACGAGCGCCGUGUUCGCCCUCAAGGUGGUGCCUCGUGCCGGGGGCGGGGCCGCGCGCCUGCGCUCCCGCCGUAAGGUAGGUCCAGACCUUCCGUGCCCCGGGGGCCCCACACUUCGCAGGGGGUCCCCAGAGAGAGCCCUACCCUGGGGGGUGGGGUUACGCCCCUGGGCCUGAGCACCACGGGGCCUGGACAUGUGGGGCCACGCCUGCAGGUGGAGCGCGAGAUCGCGCUGCACAGCUGCCUGGAACACCGCAACAUCGUCGCGCUGCACGGACACUUUGCUGACCGGGAGCACGUGUACAUGGUGCUGGAGUACUGCAGCCGCCAGGUGCCCCGGGGGCUGGGCGGAGAGGGACCCCCCCCCCCCCGUCGGUCUGCUGUGCUCAUCCAUGUCCACCUCUGUGUCUCCGCCUGUGUCCGCACCAGGCCCAUCUGUGCUCAUCCUUACGCACCUGUGCCCGCCUUGGCUCUCCCGACUCAUUUGUGUCUACUUGUGCCCAGUUUAUUCAUCCGGCCCAUCUCAUCUCCAUCUGUGGCCAUGUGGGGCCACCUUAACCCCAUCAAGCCCGCCUUAGCCCUCCUGAGCACACCGCGCUGCAUGCACCCGCGUUGGGUUCAUCUCUGACCCCCUGGCCCUUUUCAAACUUCCCUGGGGCCAUCUGGGCCCAUCUGCACUCCUGUAUUCCUCUUUGGGUUCAUCCGGGCUUACCUGUGUCCGUCUGCGUGUUCGGUGCUGCCGCGGCCACCUGUGCGCACCUGCAGUCACUGGCCCACGUCCUGGAGGCGCGGCAGACUCUGACGGAGCCUGAGGUGCGCUAUUACCUGCGGGGCCUGGUCAGCGGCCUGCGCUACCUGCACCAGCGGCGGAUCGUGCACCGCGACCUGAAACCCAGUAACUUCUUCCUGAACAGGAACAUGGUGGUAAAGAUUGGAGACCUGGGGCUGGCCGCCAGGGUGGGGCCAGGGGGCCACUGCCACAAGUAAGUGAGGGGCUCUGAACAGUGCCUCUGGGGAGGCACAAGUGGGACCAGUUUGGCAUGUGGGCCCCGGCCUUCCUGAGCCCGCCAUUAUCCCCUCCCAGAGUGCUCUGUGGGACCCCAAACUUUCUGGCGCCAGAGGUCAUCUCCAGGAAUGGGCACUCCUGCCAGUCAGACAUCUGGGCUCUUGGCUGCAUCAUGUACACAGUGCUGACCGGUACCCCUCCCUUCGUGGUGGCUCCCCUGUCGGAGAUGUACCAGAACAUCCGGGACGGCCACUACCCCGAGCCAACCCACCUGUCACCCAACGCGCGCCGCCUCAUCGCCCGCCUGCUGGCGCCCAACCCGGCGGAGCGGCCCAGCCUGGACCUCCUGCUGCAGGAUGACUUCUUCACACAGGUGCGUGCUGUUCCACGGCUGGGGCCCGCCCUGGGGGGCCGAGGCCCAGGAGCCGGGCGGCCCGCGCCGCGUGCUGACCCCCAGUGCCCCGCUCCGAAGGGUUUCACUCCAGACCGGCUGCCGGCCCGCUCUUGCUACAGCGCACCCAUCUUCACCAUGCCCCAGCCUCUGGGCAGGCUCUUCCGGAAGGUGGGCCGGCUGCUGCGGACCCAGGGCCGGCCGCCAUGCCCCUUCACUCCCAGCGAGGCGUCGGGUCCAGGAGAAGAGGCUUCAGAUCCUGACUCCAUGGAGCGCGGCCGUGAGGCCUCCUUGUUGGACAGAGGGGCUCCCCACCCCGAGGUCCCCGUCCACCUGCUCACCCAAGGGACCCUCAGGAGUGACCCGGCGGGGCCCCCGGGGGGCCAGAGGCAGGAGGUCGAGGUGGCCAUCAGAAACCUGCAGCUCUGCCUGGAUGCUGGCCUCCCAGCCACACAGGACCCCCCCGGAGAGCAGCGGCCCAUCCUCUGGGCCCCCAAGUGGGUGGAUUACUCCAGCAAGUACGGCUUCGGCUAUCAGCUGUCAGAUGGGGGCAGCGGUGUUGCUUCGGGACGGCACGCACAUGGCCCUGCGCCCCCCGGGGGAGAGGGGGCCCGGCCCAUGCUCACCCCGCCGGCGGCCCCCAGUCUCUGCCUGCUGCGUGUCCUGGCGUCCGCGCGGGCUUCGCUCCUGCUCUUCAGUGACGGGACGGUGCAGGUGAGCGCUCGGGGCGCCCUCACUCACCUGGUGCUGAGUGGCCAGGGUGAGGAGUUGCGGCUCACGGUCUGGGAACGCGGCCAGCCCAGCACCUCCUACCCCCCGGGCACCCUGCAGAGUCCUGGCUGCUCCCCCGCUGCCCGGCUGCACCUUGUCCACGCUCUCCACAUGCUGCAGAGCAUCUAGAGUCCCCUGCAAGGGGACCAGGCCCCCAGCUCCAGUUCCGGGUCUCUUGUCUCCCCAGAAGGGUGUCCCUGGGGACGGCUCAGGGGAGCAUGGGAGGUGGUGGUCCUUCCCUCGGGUCAUGACUGUGCAACCCAGAUUUUUGUUUGGCUUUGUUCUUUUUUUCAUUAAAGAGAAGUUGACCAUCUAGCCGGCUGUCUGCCUCUCUGGUGGAGUCUGAGAUGCAUUGGUGAGGGGACACUUAGACCGGCAGGCUCUGAGCCCACUGCCCUUUGUGACAGACACAGAUGGGCCAGAUCUCCGCCAACACAAGAAUUCAUACCAGCGUGGGGUCGUGCUGCGACCAGAGUGCUGAAGCGUGUGACGUUUGCUCGAUGGCCGAGCAGCAAGAAAGUGGGUGUCCGGGCUGGGAAGUUGGUGACCGUGGUCCACAGGGCGACCAUGCUCUGGCAGGCCCGGGCUGAUCAAGAACUGGGGCUUCUGUGCAAGGUAUUCUCAGAAAGACCCAAGGCCAGGAAGGAACUGGCCAGCUAGCAAACAGAGCUCAGGGACAGCAGAGAUUCGAGACCUGUGGGGUUGGGGAAGCCAGGAGACGGGGUUCUAAAUCCUCCAGGUCAGGUUCCUGAGGGAGGAGUUGACUCGGCAAGUUACAGACUUCUCCACCUGCCCCCCAAACAGAGGUCUGAAUGUGUAUGAGAGGUACUCAGAGAAACAUGCACAAUGGACAUUUAUGGAUGUUGAGAAUUUUUUAAUGUGUAACAUUGUUAUAGUUUUGUUUUUAAAAGGUGCUCAUCCUUAGACAGUCCUUCCCAGCGGGGGGCGGUGCUGCCCCCCAGGGACCCCCGGCGAUGACUCGGGGCGACUAUGAUUGUCACACUGGGGGCACUGCUUGCACCGAGUGGGUGGGGGCC